ACAAAUAUGGCUGCUUCCAUGGCCGGGCAUGAGAUAUCAAAACAAUCUGUGUCAAAACAAAGUUUGACAAAUGUCUUGAUUUUUGUGAUUCUCUUAUCGAUUGUAUAUAUCCCUGCUAAUUCAAAAGGGCCUCUGGAUUUGAUGCAGCAUGCGCUGCCUCUGACCUUAGUUUAUUGUGGAAUAAUUGCACUGAGCGAGCUGUUGUUUUGGCUUGUGACAAAACAAAACAAACAUUUCAAGAUCCUCCAUGUUGUUCAGGGGGCGGGGCUGUUCGUGUCCAGCGUCCUGCUCUUCCAUGCUGUGGCAGUCUUGUACGGAGCACCAUUCACAGAGGCCACAGCUGAGACAUUUCACUUUGCGCUGUUGUUGUCAACAACGUCUGUACUGCCGGCAUGUGUGUUCCUCGGACCACAUCUCAACACUUGGAUCAGGGUGUUCGCCCACACAAAUCCUGAUCUAGGGAAGGAGUCAGUGGUCUUCAUAACCUCCAUUGCCAGUGUGGUGGGGGCGUGGCUGGGGGCGUUCCCCAUCCCCUUGGACUGGGACAGGCCCUGGCAGGUGUGGCCCAUCAGCUGUGUGUUGGGGACUCUGAUUGGCUACUGCACCGGUCUGAUUGUGUCAGCUGGUCAUCUAUACUACAAGUACACAGUUCUCAACAAGUACAAGCUCACAUAGCCAGUAUAGCAGGAGCAUGUGUGUGGGUAUAUGCUGGCGUCCCACAGCCCAGGGCAGCAUCAGGCCCCAAUCGGAACCUCAGAGGCACAAGGUGUUUGUAACACCAGGAACAUGACUCUCAUAUUGUCCAUGGAUCUCAUAACGCGUCUCCAGGAAUGGACUAGUUAAAUUUUACUUUUGGGGUCGAUUGGGGGCGGCGUAUAUCAUAUGAAUUCGGAGUACACUAGGGAAGAGGAAAUAUACAUAUCUGGGGGACUGGUCAUUUACUUGGGGAAGGGGAUUGGUCUUGGAACUGUUUCAUAUUUUGCUGAUGCCCCCAUUUUAUGUAACAUUCUUCAUUCCCCUUCCUCCAUAUAAUAAAUGAGCAGAGUUGCGUCCCUUUGGCACGCCAGAAACCUAUGAUUGUGGGUUCGAAUCCCGGUUCACCCUGAUUAUGUUUCUAGGUUUGUCAGCACCAUACCCGUGCUUGUGGGUUUCACCGAAGUGGUAA